ACUGUUUUAAUGUGGUGAGAUGUGUUCCACACUAAGCAUACUCAGCAGCAGAGUAUCAGCAAGGGCAGAUGUCUUCACUAUAUCUGGUUGUGAUCCCCAGGCUGUGCCAGUCAGCUUUCGUGUGUUAUUUUUUCUAGCACCCACUUUUUGCUUGAUAUUCAAGCAGUGGGAUAAACAGAUAAUUUGGGAUCAGAUCCUGGGAUAUAGGGCAGUGUGGAAGAGGCCUGAGUAGAAACGAUAAAGAGAUUUUGAUUCAAGUAAAUCAGAGGGUUGAAAAGUGUAGUGAGAAAGCCAGUUGAAGAAAGUAAGGGCCUUUCCACACAGCCCUAUAUCCCAGAAUAUCAAGGCAGAAUAACACACAAUAUCUGCUUUGAACCGGGUUAUCUGAGUCCACACUGCCAUGUAUCCUGGUUCAAAGCAGAUAAUGUGGGAUUUGAUUCAGCUGUGUGGAAGGGGCCUAAGUUAACAUGUGUAAAUCUACAUUAGUUGUUUUCUCCUUUGGAACACCUUGCUUGCAAUAUUUUAAAAAUGGGUUAGGGGUUAUGACUAUGAAGUAGUUGGCAAAGUCUUUCUCGGAAGAGCUGUCCUAAGCUGACAAAUUUACAUGGUUUAAUAAAGACAAACUGUGAGUAUCAUAGCCUUUUUUGGGUCCACAGAUUUUAUAUUCUUCUAUAUAUGUUCUAUUAUUCAUGUCAUAAUGUAAUACUACCUUUAGCCACUAUCUAUGUCCCCUUAGGAUCCACCUAUUCAGAAAACUGAUGGUGAAUUUCUCACCUCAAAAGUGGAACCUUUGUUGAUUAUUGAAGUAAGUAGAGUGCCUGAAUAUACUUUUUUGUAAACUUUUUCGUAAGCUUUCUGUACAAAUUUUUUGAUUGCAUGUAUAUAUUUAUGAUAUGUAUUAUUUGUAGACCCAACCGCCUGACGAAGACUCCUGUGAGUCGAAACCGGUUGCAGGUUUGAGUCAAGUUAUAUGAGAACUGGAGUCUACUCAUACGUAAUAAAGAACAGGACAUUUACUUACAUGAAAAACUUGGCUUUAUACUUCAAGAGAAGAACCGCUGGUUUCUACUUCUAUGCGAUUGGAACAACCCUGUUUUUUUGGAUAUAUGUUAUUGUAAUAUAUACACUGAGUUUAUUUGAUUAUUUUCAUAUUACCACAAGCAGUGGAUUUUGGUCUCCACAAAUUUACAAUUCGCCCAUUGGGGUCUUUAACAUGACAGGAGCUAAUAACAUCUGCGUAAUCACUGCGUAAUCUGCGUAAGAUGUAUGAAGUCUUUCUCUUUUAUCAAAGGAAACAUCAGCCUUGGACAGAGUCAAUAAUUUUUACUGAGGGAAACAAAGCAGAGGGAAAGAAUAAUAUACAGCUUGCUCACUCUUCGCCAAGAUCCCUCGUUGGUUGCUAUAAAUUAAUCCAGGGACACCCACUGAAUUUAAUGGUCACUAAAAAGUCCCAUUCUUUGCAAUAGAUCCAUUCCAAUGGGAUGAGAUUAACAUUGGAUUCAGCUCUUGUAUUCCAAAGAGCUAUGCAUGCAACCUGGCCCCCAAUUUGGUUGCGAUAUGUUUAACAAGAUGGCAAGGUCUGCUGACUUAUCACUCUCCAAAAGCGAAGGUCAGUCAUGUGCUCAUCACUCAUGGGUCAGGAUUCCACACUCUUCCUAAGUCAAUUGUCCUUCUGUGUGAGGAUAUAAAGUGCCAGAUUACUCGCUAACAUCACAGUUGCUUCUGAUUUAACGGCACAGCCUUUCCAGACUCCUCACAUCUGAUUUGUCACCAUGAGUGCCGGAGGCUUAUCCGAAGUCAAGCCUGCUACUCCAGAAAUUCAGGAGAUGGUUGAUCAGACGAAAGGUGAAAUAGAAAAGAAGGAAAACAAGACUUACUCAAUUUUCAAGGCUAUUGAAUACAGGACACAGUUGGUUUCUGGAACGAACUACUUCAUUAAGGUUGAUGGUGGUAAAGAAUAUCUGCAUGUGCGUAUCUACAAACCCCUUCCUCAGUCCGGUGAGAAGCCCUCUUUGACUAGUUACCAGACGGGAAAGACAGCAAGUGAUCCACUGAUCUACUUCUAAGAGCCUUCCAUUGCCUUGCUCUUUUGCUGUGAACCAGUUGGCUGCAGAUUAACAAAUGAAGAAAACCAGAAAAUGGCCUGAAAUAUUGUGGGAAAUUUGCAGUUUAGUUUUGCGUUCCAUGGCACUCAAGGCAUUUACAUCAGUAGAAGAAAUGUGUAUGCUAAAGUAAAAUACUGGCAGUUGAAUAAAACCAGACAAUUUGAAUCCCA